UAUCAAACUCAGUGUGUUUACAUUUAUUCUAACAAGAAAUUGUAAAACAAAUCCAUAUGUAAUUUUAUGGAUUUACGUCAGAUCGUGUAUAUAAUUUUUUUUUUAAUCAUCAAUCUGUUGUUACAUAAAACCGAGAAUAAAAUGACACGAUUCGAUGAGUUGAAACAGUGUCAAAAAUAGUGUUUCUGAAUAGUAAAAAACAGAAACGGAUAGAUUGAGAGAAAUUCAUAAAAACACACACGGAUAUUUUGCCUGCCAUUCAGAGAAAUUUUUAGACUGAGAAGCGGUUGUGUUAUGAACAAAUAAAAAAAUGUUUGAAAACUUCGAUCGAUUAAAGUGCAUGAAGGCAGGUGGCCUCGUAAUGGGCAUCAUCGGAGCCUUUUUGUCAGUAUCGAAUAUUUUUUGGGCAAUCUACCGGUAUGAAAAUAAUGAUGUGAUUAAUGAUAAUACGAUAUCACAUCUAUUGUUUAGCAAAGUAGAAGAGGACUUUGUUCGCAUGUUUUACAUGAUCCUAUCAUUAUUUGAUAUGCUUGCUGCUUUACUAUUAAUCAACGGCAUUUUGAUGAAAAAUAAAUACUUUUUGCUACCCUGGAUUACUUGUACACUGGUUGCAAUAAUAAUUGAAACACUAGAAUACUCGGUACUACUCUUGUCGCAUGUUUGCUAUAUUGGCUACAUUGGUAUUUAUAUUUAUAUUGUGUAUCUUUUAAUUGAAAAAUACAAGAAAAUGAAAGCUGAAGAUGAAGCCGUCAACUAAAACCGACUCAUUUAAAAUAAAGCAGCAGUUUUAUGUCUUCGAGACUCGAUGUAUCGCCAAGAAAUAAAGUGGGUCAAACGAAAAAAAAAACAUCAAGGAGUUAAAUUGUAUCCAUGACUAAUUUAACAGAAAAAAAAUCUCUUACAAUUGAUCAUUAAUUGUUCGUGUCUUGUAUACAUAUGCUAAUAAAACUGCAUGAUUUUUAUUUUGCUUCUUAAUGAUUAA